AUGGGUAAUCCUCUGCAGGUACCGCAGCAGCAGCAGCAACCCCAACCUCAGGGAAGGAUUGGAGGGAUACCAGUCCUCACUCCGCAAUUGUUGGCAUCUUUAAACCCACAACAAUUGCAAGCAAUGAAAAAUCACCCACAAUUCCAGGAGAUGAUAAAACAGUACAGGCAAAGUCAGGAGGCAUUACUGCAGCAACUGCAAGGAAAAGGCAUGAUGGGGAACAUGCAGCAACUGCAGCUGCCUCAAGCUAUUGGCCAAGGACAACUACGUCAACAGAUUAAUAAAACUCCUCAACAAGAUCCUUCGGUACAAGUGACUCGAGAGCAGGCUCUUAGGCAUCAGCAGAUGAUGAUAAAUCAGCAGCAACAGAUGAUGCAACAAGCGCAACAGCAGUCUUUACAGCAGCAGCGGCAACAACAACAACAACAACAACAACAACAACAACAACAACAACAGGAAGCUGCAGCUGCGGCAUACAGACGAGGCGUACCUAAUCAAAUGACACCUCAGACCCAACCUAUGGCUGCGCAAAAUAUGAGUAUUCCAGGUGUAUUGCCUAUGAAUAAUAAAAUUUCUAGUAGCAGAAUGCCUUCGAUCCCUAUGGGUGGUACUGGAGCAAGCCCUAAUAUGGGAGCAAACGUGCAAGGAAACAUACUGGUAGGAGGAGGAGGAGGAGGAGGAGGAGCAAUAAUACAGGGAGGUAUCAAUGGCGCAUCGAUCACUGGAGGUGCACAGGUAGUUCCCAUUCAGACAAUGGGGCCCACUGCGCAAGCUCAAUUUAGUCUGUACCCGCAGCAACCACCUAACCCAACUAUGCCUCCUCCACAGGAGCUAUUGAGUAAAAUUCCAAUGAAGCAGCUAGCCAGUUGUCACGAAUGGUCGGAUAAACUAAAACGCGAAGGAAAAGAAGUUCCCUUAGAUACGAAAAUUUACGAGUCUAUAAUACAAAAAGAUGCCAUGUUUUUAGCUGACCACUCUAGACAAGUGCAUGAAAACAAGAUGGAAAUGGAGUCAUUAGCAAAAGAUUUGCAAUAUUACAACCAGAUCAAACAACUUCGAAUGAACUCGAUUCUGUUGAGCACAAAGAAUCAAAUGAACAAUAGCAUUUGGGGAGAAGGUUAUCAAGGGUACGGGAAUGGUAUAACCAACACAAGCACGAAGUUGAUUUUGCCACCGAGAGACUAUACAGAUCGAAUGAUUAAUGAGCGCAUAAUGGUCCAAGACAAACUUGUUAAAAACUACGUGCCCAUUAGACUUGAAUUUGAUCAAGAGAGAGACCAAUUUAAGCUAAGAGAUACAUUUUUGUGGGAUUUGAAUGAGCUGGUGCUAACUGUUGAAGAUUUCACUAAUCAGUUGCUAGAAGAUUAUAAAUUCAUACCAAACGUUCAUUACCAAACAAUCUUGUCUAGUAUUAAGGAGCAAAUUGCCGAUUACCAGCAAAAACCGCCUAAAACAACAGGCGAAAUCCGCAUUCCUAUCAAAAUUGACAUUAUUAUCAACAACACUCAGUUGACUGAUCAAUUUGAAUGGGAUAUACUAAACUCAAGUGAAGGAGAUCCCGAGGAGUUUGCCAGCUGCAUGUGUGAUGAAUUGUAUUUGCCUGGAGAGUUCACAACAGCAAUAGCGCAUUGCAUACGAGAGCAAACUCAAAUGUACUUAAAAGCGUUGAAUAUAGCAGGCUAUAAUUACGACGGAACUCCAAUCACAGAUGAUGGUAUCAGGAACCAUCUUCUCCCUGCUUUACGAUUAGUUUCCAAAGACUAUCAAGUGAUGGACGAUUUUUUUUCGAUUUUAAGGAACCCGUUGAACGUUUCUGAUUUCAGUCCGCAAUUGAUCAAAUUGACGGAAUUGGAAGUGGAAAGAAUGGAUAAAGAGUUGGAGAGAGAGAGUCGGAGAAAAAGAAGACAUAACUUUAACGAAGAUGCACAAAUGAUUGGUUUCAGUGCAGGUAGUGGCAGCAGCUUUGGUUUGUCGACAGAUAGGGGUAGCGGUAGCGGUAGCUCGAGAGGUUUUGCAUCGUCUAGAAGAACAGCAGCACACAUGGGAAGAGGCAAUACCGUGCUAGACUUGUCAGAUAUUCCUAAAACAUUCAGGACACCAGCACCAUCUAGUAUUCUACCUGGUGCCGUUGAUUUAGGAGUUCCUGAUAUUUACGAAUACAAUGAUGUUUUUGUCAACAAGUCACAAGUAAAGAAUCCAAACUAUAGACCACCCACACCAGAACGUGUUGUCAAUGAUUUGGUGGAGUACAAACAUGAUCCGUUAGAAGGGACGUUUUACGUUACAAUCAGAUUGCCAGAGUAA